UCUCUAUAUCUGCAAUCCUCCCUCUUCCCCAAACAAACUACACAAUGGACGUCAACAAUGGCGAACUCUCGAACCGAGACCCUCCAAUUCACACCAAUGGCGAAACCCAUAACACCAACGAACCCCAACCCACCUUCGAAGACAUUGAUAGCUCUUGUUCCACUCCCUAUGUCAGUGCUCCGUCCAGCCCUGGCCGUGGCUCCGUCACCGGAUUCUUCUACAGUGCUCCGGCAAGCCCAAUGCACUUUGCACUGAGUAUAGCUUUAGCCAAAACACCACCUCAAUCUUCAUCAAUGGACGACUUUGAGUUCUCUGCGAGGUUCGGGUCAAGCGGGUGUGGUACCGGGUCUAUGAGCUCCGCGGAUGAGCUGUUCUUGAACGGGAAGAUCCGGCCCAUGAAGCUCUCCACCCACUUGGAGCAGCCUCAGGUUUUAGCUCCAUUGCUGGAUCUUGAAGCGGAGGUGGAUGAGUAUGACGCGGGUCGGCUUGGCGUGAGAGGCAGAGAUCUGAGGCUACGAGAUAAGUCUUUGCGCAGAAGAACCAGAUCUAUGUCUCCGCUGAGAAACACAGAGUUUGAGUGGGUGGAAAAUGAGGGUGGAGAUGAAGAUAUGAGCUUAGCAAACAAGAAUGGUUGUUUGGAAGUGGAAGAGAAUGAGCGGGAAAAGAUUGAGGAUUUGUCUUCAGAGACUACUACUCCUUCGGCUUCUGCUUCGUCUUCAAGAUCUUCUUCAGCUGGGAGAAGCUCAAAGAGAUGGGUAUUCUUAAAAGAUUUCCUCAGGAGCAAAAGCGAAGGAAGAAGCAACAACAAAUUCUGGUCUACAAUUUCGUUUGCUCCCACUAAAGAAAAGAAACCCGGAAACCAAACGCUUCCAGGCUCGGUUUCUGUGCCUUCAGAAGCGGCGAAAGGUAAAGGAAACGCACAAGUUCCGACCAAGAAAGCGGCCGGAAAGCCGACAAAUGGGAUCGGAAAGCGGCGAGUGCCUCCAUCGCCGCAUGAGUUGCAUUACACGGCUAAUAGAGCUCAAACCGAGGGAAUGAAAAGGAAGACUUUUUUGCCUUAUAGGCAAGGGUUGCUUGGUUGCUUGGGGUUUAGUUCAAAGGGUUAUGGGGCUAUGAAUGGGUUUGCUAGAGCCUUAAACCCAGUCUCCUCCAGGUAAAUAUCUAUGUGGGGAUUCAAGAAAAAUUGUAUAGAUUUUUUUUGUUUUUUUUUUGGUUUUUUGAGCUUCUUCUAUUCUAUUUAGGACUUGUUUGAUUAUCUAUGUAUUUAUUAUCGGGUCUUCUCUUUCCGGUUAAAAAGAGAAGAAGAUGUCCCUGAUUUAAUGGGGUUGAUCUUUUAUCCCCAUUUGCCUUGAUAUGCUCUACUUUCUCUCAUAGAGAUUGUUGUAAACCAUGAGAAAGAUAAAGUUAUCAAAAUCUUUGUUU